GUGGCGCUAAUUUUAUAAACAAUUUUAUAUGUUAAUUUUAAUUGUUUUAAUCGUUUUAAAUAAAGUGAAACUACUAAUAAUUUGCUAAAAAUAUGUCGUUCAAUUCGAAAGAUGCAGGAAUUCCGAGUGAAAAAUGUAAGUUGAUUCAAAAGUAUUCCAAUAUACUUUCAAAUAGGAAUUUGGACGUAAAUUCUCCAAAGAUUAGAACUUAUAGCAGAGUCUCUAGGAGAAAUAUAUUGGAUACUGAUAUUUCGAAGACAAAUGGGAUUAAUACGAAUAGUACAGAAACAAAUGUACAAUCGAUACCUACAGUUAACAUUUUGGGAUUAUAUUUAUCAUCUACCAAAGCUCAAUCUUCAUCUAAACCUGAAGAUUUCAAUAACAAUAUUAAUCAACCAAUAUCUGAAAUUUCAACUCAUAAGUAUACCAAUAUAAUAGAUGAAUUUUCUGGGAAUUUUAAAGUCAAAGAAAGUCAAGCUGAGAUAUUAACUCGCAGAUGUAGUGCAGGAACUAAGAAUGCUUCUACUAAAAAUGAAUCAAACAAAGUUACCAGUCAAGGUGCCAAAAUGAUAAGAAAAUCCAAUGAUAAAUUAUGUGUAGAUUAUAAUGUAAAUGAAUUAUCUAAAUUUUCUACCAUUUCAACUACUGGAAAUGAACUGAAUGGAAAUGAUUUAUCAACUAAAGGUGAUAAAGCUGGUAUGAAUAUUCAAGCAACCCUUUCUACUUAUCGAAAUAGUCUUAUUGAAGAUAUGUCUAAAAGUAAAGAAACAACAGCAAAAAAUUAUCAAGAUCGAGAGUCUACUACUCAUGUAACAGAACUUCAAAACAGAGGUUCCAGUAAUAGUUCCAACCUCGUAAGUGUUUUCAAACUUAUUGAAGAUAAGAUUUUGUCUAAAAUUAAUGAGAUGAGUAACAACACAAUUAAAAAUGAGCAGAGUCUAACUAUCAAUACCUUCAAGACAGUAGAAUGUAGUAAACAAGGUACUAGUAAAAGUUCAAAGAAUUCAAAAGCAUCUCAUAAUGAUAAUUUAACUAAAUAUAAGUCUCCAUUUGUAAUGUCGAUUGAAGAAACAAAUAUUAUACCUGAAACUAGUCAAGCGGUCAAUAAAAUUGAAGCAGCAACUAAGAAUGCAUCCGAGGCUAAUAUAAAUCUCAAUCGGAUAAGUCAAACUUCUAACAGAAGCAUUAAUCUAAAUAUCGAUUCUGAUAAAAUUGAAUGUGAUAUCGAAGGGGUUAUGAAAGAUGCUUUGAAUAUGAAUAAAGAAAUGGUAGAAGAACCUGAAAAGAAACCAGCGAAAAACAGACGACUUGUGAAGUCCAAGCCAAACUCUAUAAAAACUGAACAGAAGAGUCUUUUAUCAAGCACGGAAUCAAACAAAUCUCUCUCUAUUAUCAAACAAUAUAAACCUAAGAAGCUAUCCAUAGCAUUAGACAAAACCAUGGUAGAUGCAAUGACGAAUACACAACAUGAAAUCAUCAAAAGCAAAACUUGCUCGAGCAAAAAACUGACUGCAAUCUGUAAUGCUCAUGAUAUUGAUACAGGUCUUGAGAAUGAUAUGAGGAUUGAAACAAAUUCCAAAGACAAAAACUAUUUGAACAGUAUUUUGUCAUCGGGUUGUAAGAGAAAGAAGAAUGUUUUAUGUACUCUUGAUAAUGCAAAGGAUAAAAUUAUCAAACAAAGCAUACACAACAUUGUGGAUUUAACAACUGAUGAAUAUGCUGUAAACCCGAUUGCUGAAUUUCGUUCUGAUUAUUCUGAUGAUUUGAUGGCAAGUGAUAAAGUAGAACAAAAUGUAUUUAUGGAUUUGUCAAUCGAUGAUACACCUGAACAAGAUAAUGAUAUAUCGAUCUAUGAUAGUGAUGAUUUAAUUAUAAAUGCAUCACAUCAGAUUCCAAAUGGCUCAUCAAAUGCUUGUGAAAUAUUUGACAUUGAUUCUACAGAUUCAGAACCUGAAAUGGUCAAUGAAGUAAAUUUAAAUAGCCCAAGUUACCAAGAACCAAUUAUUUCCAAUGAAGCAUCACCAAAAGGUGGAUCAAUGAGCACGAAUAUAAGUCUGGAUAAAAGUCGAACAAUUGAAUCGAAUUCUUACAAUAAAAUUGAAACUAUAAAUCUGAAUGGCGAUGAUCAUAUUGACUUUUGUACGGAAGCACAAAUAGAUUUGAUUAAUAAUAACAUAUAUAAUAUUGAUCCUAAGUAUGCAUCGAUCAUCAAACCAUGUUCGGUUGUAUUGGAAGAUUGUUUGGAACCUGUACACAUCGAACCUGAGAUUGAUAUAAAUAUAGAAACCACAGUACAUGCAUGUAUUCCCUGUAAUGAAACUUAUACGACCUUAAAAGAUUUAAAAAAACAUGUAUAUACAACGCACGUAAGUGACACAACCACUAAAUGUUUCAUUUGUGAUGUCGAAGUUACAAACAUGAACAAUAUGACCACGCAUAUAUUGACUCACAUGCUUACGGUUAUUUAUAUUUGUAAAAUUUGUAGCGCAGUGAAAGAAACUCAGGAAAGUUAUGAUGAACACAUGCUUACCCACCGCAAGAAAAAUUUUGUGUGUGAUGUAUGUGGUAAAACUUGUUCAACCCUAUAUACCCUGUCCAAACACAAAAUAGUACAUCAGCCAGAAAGAUACAAAUGCAAGGUAUGCAGCAAAAUAUUUGGUAACACACAGAGCCUCAAUCAACACAUGCUGAUUCACGGGGAAAGGAAAUUUGUCUGUGAAAUUUGUGAUGCUACAUUUUACAGAAGACAAGCUUUAAAUGUUCACGUGAAGAUGCACAGCACAGAACGUGCCUACAAAUGCAACUUUUGUUCUAAGACUUAUAUAACUAGAAGUAAUUUGGUAUCGCAUGCACGAGUUCACGAUAAAACAAAACAAAAGAAGUGUGAAUACUGUUCGAAAACAUUUCUUACAAAACAAGCUCGCCUACAGCAUUUGUAUAAGUAUGAAAAUGUCCAACUUCAUCAAUGUAAUUUGUGUAAGAAAGUUUAUGAAACUUUAAGUGAAUUGAAAACUCACGAGCAGAAGCACAAUGGAGAUUUGGAAACAUUCCAGUGUCGAAUAUGUGGAGAACUUUUCAGGUCGAAGGUGAAAUUGAGUCAUCAUAGAGAAGGCUGCAGGGAAAAAAAUGAUUCUAACUUGGUUGAUUUGUCCAUAUAA